GGUGAAAGGAGAGCCUCCAACCAACUAGGCUAACCUUGAUUCUCACGAAUUUUCAUUGUUUGGCGACACAAUUUCUAACAAAACUUGAUGUGUACAAAUUAUCAAGUAUCUAUUCCAAAGGCCCAGUCAUUUGAAAGGAAAUUGGGCUGAUCCAACCCAAUUCAAUUUCCAAACAUUUUCCCCUCACAUUCUUACCUCCCCACCAAAAUACCCAAACCAACAAAAAAAACAACGGCCAAAUUUCCGUGAAGGGCAAUGGUUGACGUUACCGGCGGUCAAACUUUGGAAGAACCAAUCAAAAUGCAGCGUCAUCUUCAUCCAUCACCUUCACCUUCACCUUCACCUUCAUCUUCAUCUUCACUUUCUCUCUCCUCAAAAUUCCUCGCAAUUUCUCUCUCAUGGCAGCUCCCAAGCAAUCAGGCGGCAGAGACGACUGCUGGAGCGAAGAAUCCACGGCGGUGUUGAUCGAAGCUUGGGGAGAACGCUACCUCCGCAGCAACCGCGGAAAUCUCCGGCAAAACGAUUGGAAUGAAGUCGCCGACGCCGUCAAUUCCGCCGGAAUUACUCGCCGGAAAACCGACGUUCAGUGUAAGAAUCGUAUCGAUACGAUCAAGAAGAAGUAUAAGGUUGAGAAAGUCAAAUCUCCGCCGUCCACUUGGCGGUUUUUCGAACGCCUUGAUUUUCUGAUCGGUAAUGUUACCUCCUCCGCUGUUCAGGUUUCUGUUGCCGAAAAUGCUAGCCCUAAUCCUAACCCUAACCCUAACCCUAACCAUAACCAUAAUCGUAGCCCUAAUUUGAAGUCGAGUUUGAAUUCGAGCGAGUCGACUCAGUCGGAUGAAGAUGGAGAGGCGGUGGAAAUGGUGGAGGAGAGAGAAAUAGAGACGGCGGUGAAGGAGUUGGCGAGAGCGGUGGUGAAGUUUGGGGAGGUUUACGAGAGAAUUGAGAAUUGGAAGCAGGAGAAAUUUAUGGAAUUGGAGAAGCAGAAAAUGGAAUUGGCUAAGGAAUUGGAGCUUCAGAGGAUGAAUAUGUUUGUAGAUGCUCAAAUUCAGCUCGAAAGAUUAAAGCGUUCUAACAAGAGAUCUGCUUCAACAGGCAAGAAAUUAUAGCAGAGAUCAUACUUCAUUUUCUGGACUGAAGAUGAAGGACUCAUUCCUUGCGCAAGUUGUUUUUAGGAGUAUCACCUUGUUACUUCUGUGUGAUGCUUUGUACAUGGCAUUGGAAGGGUGGAAGUUCUGUGGAAAUUGGUUCAGAAGAUUGCGCUCUGUUCCCAGGUAUUAUUGAUUGUAAGUGUUUUGAGUGACACCAUCUUUUAAUUAGAGCAUGUAAUAUAAAUUAUUUGUUGUGAUAUUUAUUGUUCGUUAUAUUCAUUGUGUACUAAUCAGUUAAAAAUGGAGCUGUAGAGAUUCUAUUGAGUUAUGAAUUUAUGAUGAUCAGAAAGAACUUUAGAAGUAGUAAUUGCUAUAAUAUUCUGCAUCUCACUGAUCGCCCGUUUCUAAACCUGUAUUGCUAUGUAAUGAUUGUAUACAAAUUUAAUUACCUUGUAAACCUUUGGAUGUGGGUUUGAAA